AUGACUGUGUUUCUGGGCAUCUAUAGGGCCGUCUAUGCCUAUGAGCCGCAGACACCAGAAGAACUGGCCAUCCAAGAAGACGAUCUGUUGUACCUCUUACAGAAGUCAGACAUUGACGAUUGGUGGACAGUAAAGAAAAGAGUCAUUGGUUCCGAUAGCGAAGAACCGGUGGGUCUAGUGCCCUCCACUUACAUUGAAGAAGCUCCUGUUUUGAAGAAGGUAAGAGCCAUUUAUGAUUAUGAACAGGUGCAAAAUGCUGAUGAAGAAUUGACGUUUCAUGAAAAUGACGUUUUUGAUGUAUUCGAUGAUAAAGAUGCUGAUUGGCUGUUGGUUAAGUCUACCGUUUCCAAUGAAUUCGGCUUCAUUCCAGGCAAUUACGUCGAACCAGAGAAUGGGUCCACUUCCAAGCAGGAACAGGCUCCCGCUGCCGCUGAAGCUCCUGCAGCUACUCCUGCAGCCGCUCCUGCUUCUGCUGCCGUACUACCCACCAACUUUUUACCACCUCCUCAACACAAUGAUAGAGCUCGUAUGAUGCAAAGUAAAGAAGACCAAGCUCCAGAUGAGGAUGAAGAGGGCCCUCCUCCUGCCAUGCCUGCAAGACCAACGGCUACUACCGAAACUACUGAUGCCACCGCUGCGGCUGUUCGAUCUCGUACAAGACUAUCAUACAGCGAUAACGAUAAUGACGAUGAAGAGGAUGAUUACUAUUACAACAGCAACAGCAACAACGUUGGAAAUCACGAAUACAAUACAGAGUAUCACUCUUGGAACGUUACCGAAAUCGAGGGAAGGAAAAAGAAGAAGGCCAAGCUAUCAAUCGGUAACAACAAGAUAAACUUCAUACCCCAAAAGGGGACUCCUCAUGAGUGGUCAAUUGAUAAAUUGGUCUCUUAUGAUAACGAAAAGAAACACAUGUUCUUGGAAUUUGUUGAUCCAUAUAGAAGCCUUGAAUUACACACUGGUAAUACCACCACAUGUGAAGAGAUCAUGAACAUUAUUGGUGAAUAUAAAGGUGCUUCCCGUGAUCCUGGGUUGAGAGAAGUCGAAAUGGCUUCCAAAUCCAAAAAGAGAGGUAUUGUUCAAUAUGACUUCAUGGCUGAAUCACAGGACGAAUUAACCAUAAAAUCAGGCGAUAAAGUCUACAUUUUAGAUGAUAAAAAAUCUAAGGACUGGUGGAUGUGCCAACUGGUUGAUUCAGGGAAAAGCGGUCUCGUUCCUGCACAGUUUAUUGAGCCUGUUCGUGACAAAAAACAUACUGAAUCUACAGCAAGCGGUAUCAUCAAGUCUAUCAAGAAAAACUUCACCAAAUCUCCAUCUAGGUCGAGAUCUAGAUCAAGAUCUAAAUCCAAUGCCAAUGCCAGUUGGAAAGAUGAUGAACUACAAAACGAUGUUGUAGGUAGUGCUGCCGGUAAAAGGUCAAGAAAAAGUUCAUUGUCCUCUCACAAAAAAAACUCUUCGGCGACCAAAGAUUUCCCCAAUCCAAAAAAAUCGCGUCUAUGGGUUGAUAGAAGUGGUACUUUCAAAGUGGAUGCAGAAUUCAUUGGAUGUGCUAAGGGGAAAAUCCACUUGCACAAGGCUAAUGGUGUCAAGAUUGCUGUCGCCGCUGAUAAACUAUCCAAUGAAGAUUUAGCGUAUGUGGAAAAAAUUACUGGGUUCUCCUUAGAGAAAUUUAAGGCGAAUGAUGGGUCUAGUUCCCGUGGCACUGAUUCAAGAGACUCUGAAAGAGAAAGAAGAAGGAGAUUGAAGGAGCAGGAGGAAAAAGAACGCGAUAGGAGAUUGAAAGAGCGUGAAUUAUACGAAUUGAAAAAAGCCAGAGAACUCCUAGAUGAAGAAAGAUCAAGGUUGCAAGAAAAGGAAUUGCCUCCAAUAAAACCACCAAGACCAACCUCUACUACCUCCGUUCCAAAUACGACGUCCGUACCACCAGCCGAAAGCAGCAAUAACAACAACUCCAGUAACAAAUAUGAUUGGUUCGAAUUUUUCUUGAAUUGCGGCGUUGAUGUAAGCAAUUGUCAAAGAUAUACAAUAAAUUUUGAUAGAGAACAGCUUACUGAAGACAUGAUGCCUGACAUCAAUAACUCAAUGUUAAGAACCUUGGGUCUGCGCGAAGGUGAUAUUGUUAGAGUAAUGAAACAUCUUGACAAGAAAUUUGGAAGAGAAAAUAUUGCAUCAAUUCCUACAAAUGCCACUGGAAAUAUGUUUUCACAACCUGAUGGUUCAUUGAACGUUGCUACAAGUCCGGAAACCUCACUGCCUCAGCAAUUGUUGCCACAAACAACAAGUCCUGCUCAAACAGCUCCUUCCACAUCAGCUGAGACAGAUGAUGCUUGGACUGUUAAACCGGCUUCUAAGUCUGAAUCUAAUUUACUCUCUAAGAAAUCAGAAUUUACUGGUUCCAUGCAGGAUUUAUUAGACUUGCAACCUUUAGAACCUAAAAAGGCAGCUGCCUCGACACCUGAACCAAACCUAAAAGAUUUGGAACCCGUGAAAACUGGCGGCACCACUGUUCCUGCUGCUCCGGUUUCAUCUGCUCCGGUUUCAUCUGCUCCCGCUCCAUUGGAUCCAUUCAAAACCGGUGGCAACAAUAUCUUACCCUUAUCUACUGGCUUUGUGAUGAUGCCAAUGAUUACUGGGGGCGAUAUGCUGCCUAUGCAAAGAACCGGCGGCUUCGUUGUACCACAAACAACUUUUGGUAUGCAAUCGCAAGUUACUGGUGGUAUCCUACCUGUUCAAAAGACAGGAAAUGGGUUAAUUCCUAUCUCUAACACUGGCGGCGCAAUGAUGCCACAAACUACGUUCGGCGCAGCAGCUACCGUCUUACCUCUGCAAAAAACUGGAGGUGGCCUAAUACCAAUUGCCACCACAGGAGGUGCGCAAUUCCCGCAAACUUCAUUCAAUGUUCAGGGGCAACAACAACUUCCAACAGGUUCAAUAUUACCUGUCCAAAAAACUGCUAAUGGAUUAAUUUCAGCUAAUACUGGUGUCUCAAUGCCAACUGUACAAAGAACAGGCGGCACUAUGAUUCCACAAACAUCAUUUGGCGUUUCACAGCAAUUAACAGGUGGUGCAAUGAUGACCCAACCUCAAAAUACAGGGAGUGCCAUGAUGCCUCAAACAUCCUUCAAUGCUGUACCACAAAUUACUGGAGGAGCAAUGAUGCCUCAAACGUCCUUCAAUGCUUUACCACAAGUUACAGGGGGAGCAAUGAUGCCUUUGCAGAGAACUGGUGGUGCUUUGAAUACAUUUAAUACUGGAGGCGCCAUGAUUCCCCAGACUUCGUUCAGCUCUCAAGCUCAAAACACUGGCGGGUUCCGGCCGCAAUCCCAAUUCGGUUUGACUUUACAAAAAACCGGAGGUAUUGCGCCAUUAAACCAGAACCAGUUCACUGGUGGAGCCAUGAAUACUUUAAGUACAGGGGGCGUUCUUCAACAACAGCAACCACAAACGAUGAAUACCUUCAAUACUGGUGGUGUUAUGCAAGAGCUCCAAAUGAUGACUACUUUCAAUACUGGUGGUGCUAUGCAACAACCACAGAUGAUGAACACAUUCAACACCGAUGGAAUUAUGCAACAACCACAGAUGAUGAACACUUUUAACACUGGGGGUGCUAUGCAACAACCACAACAACAAGCAUUACAGAACCAACCUACUGGAUUUGGGUUUGGUAAUGGACCUCAACAAUCAAGGCAAGCCAACAUAUUCAAUGCUACUGCAUCAAAUCCGUUUGGAUUCUAG